AGUUAAAUGAAUAAUGAUACCAUUUGUGCAAGCAUUAUCUAUGGAUGGUAAUGAAAAAAAAUCAAACUACAAAAAUAUUGUUGACACCUUGCUUAAUCCUGAUUUUGACAUAGAUUAUAAUGCCGAGUCAUUGCUUUUUGAAGAUCUUUGCAAAUCAUUCAUGGAGAAGUUUGUUGAAAACAUGUUUAUUGUCGAUGGUUAUAUUUGUCAGGAAGAUAAAGCAAAGUUUGGAAUUUUAGUUCAGCAUCAUGAAGGUAGAGAUUGGUUUGGCAGAUAUAUUGAUUUACAGAGAAAUGUGUCCCAAGCUGUUGAUGAGUUUACAUUUUAUAGGCUUGUUCAGUACUUUGCAAUUGUUUUGUUUGAAUGUAACAUGGCUGAUGAUUUUGGUCCUGCGACUUCUGUAAUGAACAUGUCUUUUACAUAUCACUUCACAUCAGUUAUGAUUCCAGGUCGGUUCGGCCAACCUUCCAAGCAAUAUGUUUAUGAAUAUCUCAAAGAUCAGUCUAUCUGGAAAUCACCAAGAUUUUGGAAUGCUGCUUUUCUGCAUGCGAUACACGAUGAUCGAAUGAAGCGGACAAAUGGUUUAAUAGAAUGGAAUUCUAUGAGUAAUGAACAACGAAAAGAUUUUGAGACUGGUGAAGAGAAUUCCACUUAUGCUCAUCUAGUAUCUUUUCUGUAUAUGAUGAAAUCAUUUGAUGUUGAUAAAGAAGAACGAGAAAAUUUUUUACAUAAAAUGAGCGUUAUCGGAGACUUGAGUGCAGAAAAAAUCAGUCAAUUGGAAGAUAGUGCUGAAAUCAUCUCAUGAUUUUGUUAUGGAAAUAUAAUACACGUAAGUGUGUAUAUAUAUAUAUAUAUAUAUACACAUGCACACAAACACAAUAUUUACUUUAGUUUAGAUAGCUAUAAAAAAUAAUUUAUUUUCUAGUGUAGAAUUGUUUAAAAUUUUUGAUACUUUUUAACGGAUUAUUCUCAGGUUAUUGGGUGAUUUUUU